AUGUCAUGUGACCAGUGUGUCUUUCACAAAUCACACAAAACUACAAUGUGUGCAUGGAGAGGUGAAACAGUACCCCAAACCGAGGUGAAUGUGUCCAUAAACGGGCAGACAUACCUACUCACUGUGGCUGUUGUGGAAACCCUACCGGCAGAUGUUAUUUUGGGACGUGACAUACCGGUAUUACCAGAACUGGUACAAGUGAACUGGGAGGAAGAACGAUCAAGAUCCAACGUCCAGCUAGCAUGUCCAGUUGUCACUCGGGCCCAAGUUAAGACGGGACUGCAGCCGUUGCCUGACACGGACAGCAGUUUGUUGCAAGGCGGGACCAAGGGGUCCAGAAAAUCACGUCGCCAACGUCGGCUAGAGAAAGGACUUGGUAUCCCAGUGCCGGACAUUAAAACUGAAGGACUGGAGGUGAGUGGAUGGACUGUACUGGUAAACAUCGUGAAGCUGCAGCGCGCCGACGAGUCACUAAAACCUUGGUACAAGAAAGCGUUGCAAGGCAAACAAGCGGACGUGUGUGGGGAGCAGUAUGUAAUCACCAACGAUAUACUCUAUAUGCAGGCCUCGGAUGUAACCCGGUUGGUGGUGCCGAAAUGUUGUCGCCCCAUGGUGUUGCAUCUGGCACAUACAGUUCCCUGGGCAGGACAUUUUGCUCUGCGGAAAACCUACGCAUGCAUCAGCUCACGAUUCGUCUGGCUGGCUAUGUACGCGGAUGUACAAAAGUACUGCACCACAUGCCCCACCUGUCAGCAGACCAGUGCUGUGCGACGACGAGACAGGGCCCCUCUACAACCAUUGCCUGUGGUCUCUGUCCCAUUCCAACGCAUCGCUAUGGAAAUAGUAGGGCCACUGGAAAAGAGCAGUACAGGAUAUCAGUAUAUCCUUGUCAUCAGUGACUACGUCACUAGGUACCCGGAUGCAUUUCCUCUCCGCUCCAUCACCACCCCUAAGAUCAUAAAUGCUCUUAUUCAGCUGUUCUUCCGCUAUCAAGACCAGUCCAUACCACCCGCAGACAGAUGGACUUGUGGAGCGUUUCAAUAAAACGGAAGGGACUGGGCUAAAUGGCUACCCUUCUUGCUAUUCGCCUACGGGGAGGUGCCACAAGCAUCGCCUGGCUUCUCACCUUUCGAGCUCCUGUACGGUUGGCAGGUCCAAGGACCUCUGGAUCUUUUCCGGAAAAACUGGGAGGACCCAGGAUGAUUCUCGGUCAAACUCAAAAUAGAGCGAUGCCUGCGUGGCCUGACACCCUGAGGUUUGGCUAGCUCCAGUCA